AAGUUCUAGUCUGAAAGAACAUUUCAUUACCAACGGCCGCCGCGUACGCACGUUGCACGUUUGAAAUUUCGCGCGCUAUUUAUAUCGCAUUUUUCAAGAACAAAGGGUUUAUAAUAGUACCGGUAGUGUGCGCAGUGAAGAUGAGCGGAAAUUUUCUGACUAUCCCUGGAGAUGAGCCGAUGCAAAGGCGGUCACGGAGUUCAUCUUUAACAAACCUGAUCUCGGCGUUCGACACCAAGGCACAAUCACACACGGAGGGCCAGAAAAUAUGCGCGUUCAGUGGACAGUUCGACAAAAGCAUCAAACCGACAUUCUCCAGGGAAGAAUAUGGAAAACCUAUCCCUGGAUCCAUGACAGAGAUUAGAGGCGCAGAAGCACAGGCACGAGUUUGCACAGAAAUGAAAGAGCUAUGCGAGAUCAUUAAUCAAUAUGGAAAGACCCCCUGCAAAGGCCUACUGCCCCCGGAGCUACAAAAUGCCACCAAAGUAAUUUCAUUCGGGGAGUUAUUUACGAUAUACACAGUGAUCUCUGACAAGCUCGUUGGCAUUCUUUUACGGACCCGAAAACACCACCUCACAUUCUUUGAAGGCGAAGUUUUAUUUCAGAAACGUGAUGACGAUGUACCUGUAUUCCUCUUAAUGCCAAUAGCUGAUAUCCGCCAGUACUGCGACAACAAGGCGCUACAAGCCAGAAGAUCAGUCUCACCCAUGCCUCAAUAAAUCAAUGUGAUAUAAGUAUACAAACUUUAGAACUCAUCAACACAGAAGCCUCUACUAUCUGGCCUGCGAAUUGCGAUGAUCAUAAAUGUACGAAUGUGUACAGAUUAACAACGUAUGACAGUUGCUAAAUGGUGCUGACCUGCUGACCCAGUUCCAUAUUUUCAUACAUUUGCCUUCAGUUAGUUAUUUAUAAAUAACGCCUUGUAUGUUGCACAUUGCGCAGACAUUGUUUUUCAAUCAUUUACAUACUUAAAAUAUAUACAGGGAUAAGUUUGCCGUUAUUGUAUUUAAUUAACUCUGUAACUGUGUUUCUUGUGUUUCUUUCUUACAUAUUCAUACAUAUAAUAUAUGCGAGGCUUUAAUCGCUCCCAAGAGAUGUUUCUAUACAAAAAAGGAAAGUUUUUUUUUUAUUCACUCAUUCAACUUGAAUAUACCUUGUGAAAAAUAGUUACACCGUUUAUACGUAACAGAUUUUAACUUGUAGGGGAGACUGGGGGAAUUACGGACACUGACUCAAAUUCACAACAAAUAAAAUAAAACAAUCUCAUUUCCUUUAUUACUAAACUUAAGACAUUCCUCUACCAAACCAUCAUUAAUAUUAAUUUGUCACUAAUCAACAAGUAGGUAGUUAAGUUUCAAAAUAUUUCUAAAAAUCAAAAUGCUGUGUAAAUAAGGACACUAUGGAAUAAAAUCCAAUGACCUAUUUAUCGCAGCAACAAUCACAACUAUAGUCGGCUGAUGACAAACUCCCUGUACAGUUUAACAAUAUUUAUUACUUAGUUAUGUAGUGUACUUCAGAUAAAUGUGGACGCCGAACAUUACCCAGUGAUGAUAACAAGUAACAACUAUCUGCAAAUACCCUGUAAACCCAUAUUCAAAGAAAAUAAAAAUAAAAUUUUAAAAAUUUCUUAAGCGCUUCGCGUAUUUACACGUGAUUAUUUGAUGAUUACCACUAUUACUGUUUAACGAAAAAUUAUAAGAAUUAACAACAAAAACUUCAAAUAAUCUUACCUUCACACACCUGUCUGGAUGGCAGAACAUGGCAUCAUUACAACUGUCCACUCACUAUAGAUGGCUUCUCCAAACUACUCAAUGUCAUAAUUACCCCACUUUCCCCUAACACCAAUACCAUUAUGAAGAAAGAUUAGAUACAUUUAUAUAUGUUUUGUAAUACUACGUCGGUGGCAAACAAACAUACGCCCCGCUUGAUUGUAAGCAGUCUCUAUAGCCUUAUGGACGCCUACAACUGCAAGGUUGUUACACGCGCGAUAUAAUAAAAAGCGUUAUAAAUAAUUUUAAUAUAUAUAUGAAAGACGAUAUACUCGUAUGUAAAAUAAAAGAUACACGCUAAGUUUCUGUGUUGAUUGGUGUCCCUUAAAAAAAUAUGCUUUUAUGUUACCAAACAACUACAGGCGAUAUAAUAUAAAAAUAGAUCUUUUGGCACAGCGUCUGAUCAUAUUUCAAUUAGGGAGCAAAUAAUAUUCACUCACGUUACUUGAGAAGCUCCAAACAUUUUCACACAAGAGGCUUAGAAACUUUCAAUGCCUCUGAAAGAGAUUUAAAUCGUAAUUUAAAAAUACGAACAUCAUUAAAUUUCGAAUUUUCAAGUGCGUAUUUAUAGCGCGCCUAAUGGCGCCUAAUUAUGUCCAAGUAGUAAUGAAAAAAGAAAACUUUUAAAUAAUCUAAAAUACUCAAAAGCGUGUUUACAUUGUUUGUGUCGACUCAUUAGUCAUCAGCCUUGUUUUUAAAUUGUUAUGUCACGCGAGCGUCUACAGGGGAAAUCGCCAACUGGCAUUCUCCGACAAUCUAAAAAGAAAAUUAGCACUGUCCAAUAAGUAGCUAAAAUGAGAUAAUGUUACCAAGUGCACAGUAAGGUCAUUACGCCAAUACGAGUUCUGAGUAAUAAGUUAUAAUACGUAGAAUAUUGUUUCACGUGUCUUUGACACGUGGAUUAUUUUGAAUUCCUUUGAAUAUUAUUUGUAUCCCAUAAUUGGUUGUCAAACUAAAUUCCAAGCCUCGCCAGAGAAACUAACAAAAUGACAUAAAAUUCGUAUUGUUAGAAUGAAAGAAUGAUUGUAUUUUGUGUAUAAUGUUAUUGAUGUACAUAAUUGUGUUGUUAUACAUAUUUGUGUUUACCAAAUACUAGUGAAAAUUUAAGCAUAAUUCGUGGAAGGUAAGGGUUUGAGUUUACUCGUGAAUGUAUUUAAACAAGGUGUAAUUUACAACGUAAAAAAGAUAUUUGUAAAGAAGGGACCCGUAAUCUUAUUAUCCUUUCAGCUUUAAAAACAGACGUAUUUUGAGUAAUAUCUAAAAUCUGUUUCUAAAAUUGUUAAAAACGUAAAACGCAUAAUAUAUUUUUAUAUGACUUGUAAUUAUAUUUGAAAUUUAAUAAAUUGUAUAUAUAUAUUUAGUUGCAAGUAUUAUUAUUUGUCUAAGUAAUAUUUUCAGUAUCCAAUAUUUAUAUAUUUUCACUUUAUUCGCUAUGGAGUCGCAUGACGAUAAUAUGAUGGAGUCAUGCAGUAAUACAUAUUUCUAUUUUAUAAUCGGUAGGUAUCUAUUUUUUUACUAACUUCGUCUAGUCUUUUCUAGUCCAUUAAAUUUAAAUUUUUAGCACACCUAUUAACCAUUAUUUUUUGUAUAAAAUUUCAUAAAACUGAAUUAAUGUUAUAUAAUUGUGUCUGUCAUCAUUGUCAUCAACAAAGUUAAUUUAUAUGUAAACACCCCUAUAAUUGAACAGGCACCAGUAAUUGCCAUCAGUUUUUAAUCGCUGGCAACAUUUUACCAUCAACAAGAGCCAAAGAGCUGCUUAAGUUUAAUUUUUCAUUGAUAUAUGUUAGUUUGAAAAUUAAUGACGCCAUACAUCCCUUGACUGGAGCAAAAAACCAUAGUUUUAUUUGGUUAAUAAUAUUGAAACCAAUUGCAGUAGCUUUCAUUAAAUACAUAGAAAAUAUAAAGGAUGAAUUGGACAUUCAACUUUUAAAGCAUAAUAAAGCGGUAGAAAUUUUACAGAUGUCGGUGAAAUAGCAAAAAUACUCCAAAUUUUAUCUUAAAUGUCCCAAUGAUUGGUGCCGUUAACAUAGGAAUCGUAGAGUAUAAAAAAACCAUGCCAAUGGAGGUAAACGGCCAAUAAUUUCUUAUUAACUUGCGUAGCUGUACCACCCUAACUAAAUAGAUUAAUUUAAAGUUUUACACGAAUAUAAACUUUUAUCUAUGCCUGUAUGAAUUUAUCUGGAUAAUAUAGAAGGGAACAAUAGGUAAGUCCUGGUCAUUCCCAUUGAUUAAUUGCUUUACGAUUGUCACUUUGGCUAGAUACACCCCCUGAUUAGGCAUGAUAAGCUUAUACUCGUGUAGAUUUUGACGUAGCCAGCCAUGAAUUUUAAUAAGGAGAUAUCACUACAAGCAUUUGUUGUUUUUUGGUGUCUCAAUCUUGCCUACAUUCUUCGACCACCAAUUUAGAAUAGCUGCUAAGGAUCCAGCUGUCAAAUUGUUAUGGUUUUACUGUACUUGAGGUAAACAACGUUGUUGCUUUCAGGUGAUUAUUUAUGUACUAAUUAUAAACUUCAUAAUCCACUCUGUGAAGUGAAAUUAAGUUAUACUCGUAAAGUUUGAAGCAUAUUUUGUAUGGAAAUUAUUUUUAAGUGUUUAAAUAAAUAUACAGUUACAAAUA